UCAGAGUUGAUUACAACCAGGGUGUAGCAAGGGCAAUAAGACCAGAGCUGAGGAAGAAAUGGAGUUACAAGCAAGCAGAGCAGCAGAGAAAAAUGCUAUCUAAGUCAGAAGGAAUAUAAUAAUUGUUGGUAUCUUCCUACUGUCCAAGUAGAAUGGCACAUCCAGCAAAUAGAAGACCAGAGAACUCCAAAAUCAGUAGAGAGCUUUUUGUGCUCACCUACGGUGCUUUGGUCGCCCAACUGUGUAAGGAUUAUGAAAAGGAUGAAGAUGUAAACAAAUAUUUGGACAGCAUGGGAUACAACAUCGGCAUCAGAUUGGUUGAAGAUUUCUUGGCUCGCUCUGCUGUGAAGAAGUGCCGCAGCUUUUCUGAAACUGCAGACAUAAUUGCACAGACUCCAGUUUGGGUGACUGCCAGCGAAUAGAAAGAUUGGUGGGAAAUUUGGAAGUUAUAAUCCAAAGCAUCUGAAAGAGAUUUAAUUGGGAAG